AAUUUUGAACCCAAAAACAACCCCCGCGCCUUACUCUCUCACUCUCACUUCACUUCCCUCCUUCUCCAUUUCCCUUUUAUCUAUCUUUUCAUUUUCACACUCCCCAAAUAAAUAUUCACCUCCCAAACCCUAAUUUCACCCCAAUUCCACAAACCUUCAACAAUGGCCAAACAAUCCAAAUCCAAAAAACCCGAAUCCUUCGGCAAAGGCAAAGUCACCCCAAUCCAGAUCGCCUUCAUCGUCGAUCGUUACCUCUGCGACAACAAUUUCACCCAAACGCGUAAAUCGUUCCGGAUCGAAGCUUCAUCGUUCAUCGCCAAUUCUCCAAUUAACGAGGUGCCGAAGAGUUUGAUGAGUUUGGGUGAGAUGCUUGAUGAGUAUAUAUGUUUGAAGGAGCAGAAAGUGAUGCUGGAUCAAGAAAGGGUUUAUAUGGAGCAGGAGAAGAACCGGGUUCAGAUGUUUUUGAAUGGGGUGCAGAAUGUUAUGAAUGUUUAUAAUGCUAGUAAGAAUUUUUCGUUGGCGAAUGGUCCUAUGCCGAAUGCGAAGUCUGCCGCGGUUCCUCAACAAAAAAUUGGUGUUCCUAGUGCUCCUGUUACUGCCACUGCCCCCACUUCAACACAAAACCCAUCAAAUAUGCUAUCCGUACCUGCAGAGAAUGGAAACUUCUCAACACCCAUGAUUAGUGUAUCUGACAGAAAGAGAAAAGAUACUAGAACAGUGGAUGCUCCUUCAAUUGCAAAGAGAUCGCGCGGUAGAUCAUCAUGUACCAGUAGGAAAGUUCCUGUCCUAGGUCAAAACACACUGCCACAAUCAAACAGUGCUGUUAAUAAUCAAGUAGUUUAUCAUCCUUCUUCUGUAAAUCAAUCAUCUGCUGCAAACUUUGUACCAAGUGGUUCACAAGUUCAAGGCUCUAGUGUCGUGAAAUGCUUAUUCAAUCAGCCUCAGAAGUCUAUCCCGAGCAAUUCACAAGUUCCAAAGACACCUCCAAGGGCAAAUUCCAGUCACAGUGAUACAAAUAUAUCCCCACCUGAGGUUACUCAGGUUCCACCUAGCAAUGCAGAGACUACAUCUACUUGUUACACUGUAAUUUCAACCAAAAGAGUUAUGGUUAGCCCUGCAAAACAGAUGGCUUAUAUAGAGAGUAGUCAUUGCAUUUCGCCUGUUAAAAUGAAUCCGGACAAGGCAACUAAGAGGGAGCAUGUAAGAAGCAGGUUGAAUUUUGAUUCCUCUGAUAUACCUCAAAGGUUGGAUUCUGACAAAUCACUCCCUAAUGAGAUUUCUACAACAGAGACUAACAACGAAGCUCACUUAUAUGACAUUGAUUUCCCCAACUUUGAUGCCCUUAACAUGGACUUUUCAUUUGCUGAAAUGUUAAAUGAUCUAGAUUUUUCAUGUGAGGGUCUUGAUUUUUCAUGUGAUCCAACACCAAGUCAUUCAAAUGAUAAUCAAGUUAUAUCUGAACAACCAUCAACUUUGGUAGAAGCUCUUUCUGAGAAGAAUAUGAACAUACAAGGCACUGAUUCUCUGACUGCAACUGCAUCUGUCACAAGAAACAUAACAAUUGUAAGCCCAGAGAAAAAGCACCAGAGCUGUUCAGAUCAGGAGAAUUGUUGAUGUGAGAGUUUGGAGUAUGACUUGGGCUGAUUUGCUAAACAUGUUUGCUGCAAGAGAUUCCUAUUUUCAUAGUUCCAAACAAUAUGGAUGCCCUUGAUUUAGGAGGUUAACACCAUUAUUUAUUCCUUAGACUAUGAGGCUCUUAGGUCAAUGGUCAUUAGGGAAAAGCUGAAAUGACUUUUGUGAUUGUAUAUAGUAAGUUAUUUGUUCUGGUUCA